ACUCAGCGACCGCACGUGGUUGCGUUGCCCGGGCUUCUGCCGGCGUUGGCAGAGCAGUAGUUUGAACUGUGUUCCCGGAACGAGUGAGCCCCGGCGGAGCCAUGGAGGGCCAGAGCGUGGAGGAGCUGCUGGCAAAGGCCGAGCGGGACGAGGCAGAGAGGCUGCAGCGCAUCACAGUGCACAAGGAGCUGGAGCUGGAGUUCGACCUGGGUAACCUGCUGGCCUUGGACCGGAACCCCCCCACGGGACUGCGGCGCGCAGGACCCACCCCGGAGGCCGAGCUGCAGGCCCUGGCGCGGGACAACACGCAGCUGCUCAUCAACCAGCUGUGGCAGCUGCCCACGGAGCGCGUAGAGGAGGCGCUGGUCGCGCGGCUGCCGGAGCCCACCACCCGCCUGCCGCGCGAGAAGCCGGUGCCCCGGCCGCGGCCGCUGACACGCUGGCAGCAGUUCGCGCGCCUCAAGGGCAUCCGUCCCAAGAAGAAGACCAAUCUGGUGUGGGACGAGGUGAGUGGCCAGUGGCGACGCCGCUGGGGCUACCAGCGCGCCCGCGACGACACCAAGGAAUGGUUGAUCGAGGUGCCUGGCGGUGCCGACCCGUUGGAGGACCAGUUCGCCAAGCGGAUCCAGGCUAAGAAGGAACGUGUGGCCAAAAAUGAGCUGAACCGGCUGCGUAACCUGGCCCGCGCGCACAAGAUGCAGCUGCCCAGCGCGGCAGGCAUGCACCCCACGGGACACCAGAGCAAGGAGGAACUGGGCCGCGCCAUGCAGGUGGCCAAGGUCUCCACCGCCUCAGUGGGGCGUUUCCAGGAGCGCUUACCCAAGGAGAAAGCGCCGCGGGGCUCCGGCAAAAAGAGGAAGUUUCAGCCCCUUUUCGGGGACUUUGCAGCCGAGAAAAAGAGCCAGUUGGAGCUGCUGCGUGUGAUGAAUAGCAAAAAGCCUCAGCUGGACGUGACGAGGGCCACCAAUAAACAGAUGAGGGAGGAGGACCAGGAGGAGGCGGCCAAGAAGAGGAAAAUGAGCCAGAAGGGCAAGAGAAAGGGGGGCUGGCAGGGGGCUGGCGGCAAGAGGAAAGGUGGCCCUCCCAGCCAGGGAGGGAAGAGGAAAGGGGGCUUGGGGGGCAAGAUGAAUUCUGCGCCUCCUCGCUCGGGUGGCAAGAGGAAAGGAGAACACCACCAAGGAGGAAAGAGAAGGAAGUGAUUUUCACCGUCGGACCCGCCUGUAAACAAAGAACUAUACUACAUGUUAAGUUCUAGGUUCGGGCGGGAGGAGGGGGGUGGUCAAAGCUGCUUCUGCUGCCUUCUUUGAGCUGGAGAUUGAAGGAACUGGCUGCCCUCCCCGCCAAGACAUAUGUAAAUGUUGGACCUUAACAAACUAAUGUUUUUCCCACAACUUCUAGAAUGUAUUCAAGUACAUAAGAAUCAGGAAAGAAUUUGGUGCCAACUGGGAAUUAGUUCUAUUUUUUAAAAGACAUGUUUUCUUUAACUUUGAAUAUAGUGAGAGGAAGAGUUGGUCAUAUUUCAGACUCACAAUUGAUAAUCUGCAUUAUUUUUAUGACAAGUGUAUCAAAGCAGAGGGGGGAACAGAAAGAUUACAUUUUCAAAACUGGACUUACAAGUAACUGUUGUGAAGGUUAUUUAAUAAAAAGUGUCUGUAUCUAAUGUUGCUUUUGACUUUUGGCUGUUGGUAGAAAUCCUAAGUAAAACCAGGGGGAUACCUGGUUCAGAUUAUUUUCAUUUACUUUCUAAAAAACAGAAAGCUGUUAUGAUAUGAUUUCAGUGAGGCUUAUUAGGAAAACUCAUACUUCUUUUGGUAUCAGAUAUAAUAUUGAAAGGGUAGUAAAACUGAUGUCUCUUUGGAAAAAGAUGUUAUUGUUUUUUUACUGUGAAAACAUCCUGUAAAUUAUAAAUUUGGGCUUCACUAAAUAAUAGUAAUAACUUCAGUGGGGUCUGUUUUGAGAAGAGAUAAAGAAACCCACCAAAUCUAUGACUUAUCUUUGAUUCAUUUGUCUGGUUUGAUUAGGAGGUCAAAUGUUGAUAGCUAUUAUGGGUCUCUUUCCCUAAUCUCAGUAACUUGUCUUUGUAAAAAUGAGUAUCUUCUUUAAAGGAUUCAUAAUAAAUAGAUCUAGAUUCCA